UAGGCGGUGCAGUGUGGCCCAGCCUUGGGGUGGGCGGGAAUCAGAGCAGAAGAUAGUUGGUGCGGCCUUACUGUGCUGAAAAGGCUGCUGCGCGGGGAGCCGCCGAUUAAGCCUGCUGUGCUCCCGACGGCUGGAGGGGCAGUAUAGGGUUGGUGGGCAGUGACAGCGGCGUGAGGAGCCACAGCCGUCCGGCUGAGCCCGAGGCAGCGCUCGUCCUGGGAGCAUGCGGUGGCAGGAGGAGGAGUGAAGAGUCGUGGCUGCGUCUCCGAGUCGUCUUCUGCCCCGUCAUCAGGGCUUCGCUCUCGCAGGCUGAACUCGGAUUCCGGGAGGCUAAUGGAGCCGUUUCCUAGCGUGCCGUCCCUGUCUUCUACCUCUUUUGCUGGCCAUGGAGCAGCACAUGCCCUGGCUGGUGUUGGAGCUGUGUACUGACUGGCUGCUACCUUUUGGAGUGGUUAAGAUAUCAAAUUCAGUUACCCAGGAAUAUGAUUGAAAAUAGUAUGUUUGAAGAAGAGCCUGAUGUGGUUGACUUGGCAAAAGAGCCUUGUUUACAUCCCCUGGAGCCUGAUGAAGUGGAAUAUGAACCAAGGAGCUCCCGGCUCUUGGUGCGUGGCCUUGGAGAUCAUGAAAUGGAUGAUGAUGAAGAGGAUUACGAGUCAUCAGCAAAAUUGCUGGGGAUGUCCUUCAUGAACAGAAGCUUGACUCUCCAGAAUAACAUGUCUGUCUAUAGACAAAAUCCAAAUGGAUUAUGUUCAGUGCCUUCUACAAGGACCAUGGUGGUUUGCACAGUUGUUCUUGUGAUUGCAGUUUCAUUAAUAAUGGCAAUUUAUCUUCUUCCCAAAUGCACCUUUACCAAAGAAGGCUGCCAUAAAAAAAAUCAUACAAUGGAGCUAAUAUACCCUUUGGCAACCAAUGGAAAACUAUUUCCAUGGGCAAAAAUUAGGCUUCCUCCUGAUGUUGUACCACUGCAUUAUGAUCUUCUUUUGCAGCCAAACCUAACUACUCUGAAAUUUGCAGGCUCUGUAAACAUAGUGGUUAAUGUUAUUCAGGUAACUUGGAAGAUUGUACUUCACAGCUCAGGACUUAACAUCACCAAGGCAACCAUUACUUCAUCAGAAGGGCAUCAAGCAAAGCCAGUUGAAUUCCUGGAAUAUCCACUGCAUGACCAGAUUGCAGUCAUGGCUCCUGAGGCUCUCCUCGUAGGCCAGAAUUAUACUGUCAACAUAGAAUAUUCGUCUAAUUUAUCAGAUACCUAUUAUGGCUUUUACAAAAUUUCUUACAAAGAUGAGAAUUCUAAGCAAAGGUGGUUUGCAGCAACUCAGUUUGAACCUCUGGCAGCAAGGUCUGCUUUUCCUUGCUUUGAUGAACCAGCAUUUAAAGCUACUUUUUUGAUAAAGAUCAAAAGAGAUGAGAAACUUUCCACUCUUUCAAAUAUGCCAAAGAAAGCCACUACUCCUGUGACAAAUGGAAUUGUUCAAGAUGAGUUUUUUGUGAGUUUGAAGAUGAGCACCUACCUCGUAGCCUUUGUUGUUGCAGACUUGAAAAACAUCACUAGGGAAACUAAUGGGAGCCUGGUAUCUGUCUAUGCCAUACCACAGCAUUUAAACCAAGUUGUAUAUGCCCUAAACACAGCAGUGAAACUUCUGGAAUUUUAUCAGAAAUACUUUUUAAUAAACUACCCUCUUGAAAAAUUAGAUCUGGUAGCAAUUCCUGAUUUUCAGUCUGGUGCAAUGGAAAACUGGGGCUUGAUCACCUUCCGAGAAACAACACUCUUGUUUGACAGUAAUACUUCUUCAGCAAGGGAUAAAAAGUUAAUAACUGCAGUGAUAGCACAUGAGCUUGCCCAUCAGUGGUUUGGCAAUCUAGUAACUAUGGAAUGGUGGAACGAUCUCUGGCUGAAUGAGGGAUUUGCCACUUUCAUGGAGUACUUUGCCAUGGAGGAGAUUUUUCCAGAAUUCCAUUCAGAUGAAGAUUUCCUUAAUUUAAUUUUCAAGGCUAUGAUGAAGGAUUCCUUGAAUUCUUCACAUCCAGUAUCUUCUGCUGUUCAGUCUUCAGAACAAAUUGAAGAAAUGUUUGAUGCACUUUCUUAUAUUAAGGGGGCUUCACUUCUUUUGAUGCUGAAGCACUAUCUCACUAAGGAUGUUUUCCAAGCUGGCAUUGAGGUAUACUUGCAUAGUCACAGCUAUGGAUCUGCUCAGAGUGAUGACUUGUGGGACAGCAUGAAUGAGAUUACCAAUGGAACACUAGAUGUAAAAAAGUUGAUGAAAACUUGGAUUCUUCAUAAAGGAUUUCCUUUAGUCACUGUUGUCCGAAAGGGAAAGAUUAUUUCUAUACAACAAGAGAAAUUUUUGUGUCAUGUGGAACCAGAAAAUUGGACAUCAGAUACAAGUUAUCUGUGGCAUAUUCCUCUCACCUAUGUAACUAAUAACUGCAACUUUACCCACUGUAUUAAUGCAUAUUUACUGGACCAGAAGUCAGGUGUCAUUGAACUUCCAGAAGAGGUGGAAUGGAUAAAAUUCAACGUGGACAUGAACGGCUAUUACAUAGUACACUAUGCUGAAGACUGGAAAACGCUGAUUGAUCUCUUGAAAAAAAACCACACUGCUUUGAGUUCUAAAGACAGAGCUAAUUUGAUCAACAAUAUCUUCAACCUUGCAGGUCUAGGAAAAGAGUCUCUGGAAAAGGCCUUUGAGCUGAUUGAUUACCUUAAUAAAGAGAGCAGCACUGCACCACUCACUCAAGCUUUGUUUCAGCUGAGUCGUAUAUACAGCCUUUUAGAGAAAAAGGGUGAACAACAACUGGCAGCACGAGUCAUGCAUAGAAUAGAGCACCUGCUUGGUGAUAAAAUUGAUCAACAGAGUUGGACAGAUGAUGGGACGCUGUCUGAACGAGAGCUCCGGUCAACGCUGCUAGCUUUUGCCUGCACCCAUGGUAUGAGAAACUGUAGAACAACUGCCACUGAGAUGUUUGAGAAGUGGAUGAAGUCUAAUGGAACAAUGAGUCUGCCUAGUGAUGUUAUGAAAGCCAUAUUUACAGCUGGAGCCAAAUCUAGUGAUGGCUGGGAAUUCCUCCUAAAGAUGUACUCUUCUUCAGUUUCUGAAGCAGAGAAGAGCAAAAUGAUUGAAGCCUUGGCCACCACAGAAGAUGUCAGAAAGCUGAUCUGGUUAAUGCAGAACAGCCUUGAAGGAGAAGUCAUCAAGGCACAAGAGCUUUCACAUAUCAUAGCAACUGUUAGCCAGAGUUUGUCUGGAUAUUUGCUGGCCUGGGACUUUGUCAAAGAGAACUGGGAAAAGCUUACACAGAAAUUUCACCUAGGCUCAUAUACUAUCCAGAAUAUCAUUAGUUGGUCAACUUCUCAGUUUGCAACAAAAGCACAUCUACUUGAGGUGAAGUCAUUUUUUGAGUCAAAAUCAGAGGAGAGUUCUCAACUGCGUUGUGUAAAAGAGGCAAUUGACACAAUUCAGUUCAAUAUCCGGUGGAUGGAGAGGAACUUAGCAAAGCUACAAGAACUGCUGUAGUGCACAUAAUGCUGUGAUGUGUCAGCCAUUUAGGAGCUCUGUGGGCAGUUGCUGUGUUUCUUUUGCAAAAGCCAGGGUGAAUUCAGUCAUCACUGCAGCAUUGUUUGUACUAUUAAGGAAGGAAGGAAGGAAGGAGUUAUUACGAACUGUUAUUUCUUUGCAGGCUGCUCACUGAACAGUAGAUUUUUUUGAUGCAAAACUGUAGGUGGUUUCCACAUUUGUAGAUACAGAAGGUGUUGUGAAACAAAAUCAUACUUUCUAUACAUAACUAGUAGUUGAUCUUAUAAAGUACAUCAUUUUUAGGCAAAAGAAAUAAGUUUCUGAUUUAAUUUAGGUAUGGAUUCUUUAUUUUCUCAUUAUUCUUUAGGAAUUACACACAAAAAAGUAUUAAUAUCUCAUGCUAAUAGUAUACACUUUGAUAUAUAAAGUGGUAGCAGUAUGAAAAAGAAAACCCAGAUAGCAAAACCAAGUGUGCUAGAGAUGGGAUUCCCAGAAACACUGAUGUGACCUUGGAACUCUAAAUUUAUUAGGCACUUUUGAGAAUCUCAUCAUUAAUCACUGAAUUUUCACUGAUUUUUCACUGAUUAUAUCUGAGAGACUGCACAAAAUUGCAUUUUUCCAGGUUGAUUCAUCUGUUAGACUGACUACUGAUUUGUGCCCAUUUGACUACUGAUUUUUAAUUUCACCACUUGUUGUAGAGGGUCUGCAAUUAAUUGAUAUGUCAGCCACUUCAUUUGGGUAAGCUUCUGUUUUUUCCUUACCUGCUAACUCCCAUAUCACAGCGUAAUUUGUGAAAUCACUCACCUUUUAUGACAUUAGCUUUAGGAAAGCUUCUCAUUUAGUUUUUAAUGAUUUGUCCUUGUACUGCUGUGAAAAACCUUGUGAGACAAAUCUUUCUUUUAAAGAAAAGGAUCUAAACCACUAAUGUGCUACAUUAGAGCAACAAAAUACCUACUGUGCAAUCUCCACCUCUUUCAAAAGAAGUGAAAAAGGCCAUUUUUGAGGUGCAGCAUAUAUAUACAACACAUACAACAGUAAACAUACCUUUUUAUAUGGACAUCUGUUCUAUUAAUUUCAUUACUAAUGAAAUUUUUCUGGAUUCAUGCUAGCAGAUUCAGACCUGUUGUUUUAUCAUCAUCCAAUUAUGUGAUCCGUUAUAAACUAUGAUGAAAGCACUAACAAUUAAAAGUUGUGAUAUUUUAAUUAGAAUAUUUUAAUUUCAACUGCAGUAAAUGCUGAAGAAGGUAAUAGUUUGAAUUAGAGUAAAAUUAAUGGACUUAAAAAUUUGUCACAAGGUAAUUCAAACAAUGCUUUAAUUUAUGAAACUGUAGCACUGGCUGUUUAGUUGGUUAGCAAAAAUUGUAAGCUAUGAUUUCUUAAGCCAUAUCAUACUUUUCCCAUCUUUUCAGACUAUCUGUCAAUACUCCUGGAAAAGAAACUCCUCAUUUUCCUGUUCACGUUAGAAUUUCAGAUGUCAUUUUUAACCUUGAAAUUAUCAGAAAGAAUGUUAGACCUUAAGAGUGUGCAAAAGCUUGUUUGCCCAAAAGACCCAGAAAUUAAUAAGUUUUGCAUGCACUGAAGAAGAACCUGACAGUAUGAGCACUGAAAAUAAAUCAUACUUCCUUAUAAGUUAUGGAAUUAGAAUUGUAAUUAAGUAUGUUCUUGGAAAUUUUGUACUGCAAUAUAUUAUGGCUUCAUUUCCUCCUUUAUUUUAAACCUUUGGAAUUGCUACAGAAAUAUUAGUUCUGCCUUUGCACAUUUGUGUCUGUAUAUAUAUGUCAUCUCUUUUUCUUUCUAGUCACUUCUUCAUAUUAAAUGAGACGUCAGUAGAAACUUUUCACUCUUAUAUCCCACCUAUCCCUUCACAUGUGUUUUACCUCAUCCCUGACUGCAGUAUUAAGGCAGAUAAAAUUUAAAAUGGAAACUGUGGAAGAAGAUCUCAUCUUCCUCCUGAUUUCUGCUGUGGAAUUUAAAAAAUUUAUGAUUUUAUUCAAAUGUUUUAAUGACAGUUAUGAGGUAAUAGCUUGAAGCUGGGCUAUACCAAGAAAAUCUGUAAAGCUGGGGUGGUUGUGGAGUGAUUAUUGAGUAAUUUUUAAUUUUAUUACGUGUUACAUAUGCAUACUUUUGGUAUGUCAGUUGUAGACGUUUUUAAAUUAUUUUUCUGUCAUGGAGUCUCUGACCCUAUUAAAAAUUGUGCUGGAGUCCUUCCUUGA